AACGUCAUUAAACUCUUCUUUGACAAGAUCGAAGCCUGUGCCGUUGCUUUAUUGGAGACUAGUAAAGGCGGCAGGAGGAAAGAGUACUAGGCACUGGGCAGAAACGCGCUGUUAUGGCGAUCUCGCCCCAGCACGACAACGAAGAUGCAAUAAAGUUGUUCGAGAAGUUGGGAGUUUGUAGGCAACUAGCAGAAGCGGCAGCAUCAUUAGGAUGGAAAGUUCCGACCAGCAUCCAGGAGCAAGCUGUUCCACACCUCUUAGCAGACGUCAUAGGCCUAGCACAAACUGGAUCUGGGAAGACUGGCGCCUUUGCUAUGCCCAUCCUUCAGGAACUUCUGGACACGCCACAGGCCAACUUUGCUCUGGUGCUCUCCCCCACACGAGAGCUAGCACUGCAAAUAGCAGAGCAAUUUGAGGCGUUGGGAGCGGGAAUCGGCGUCAGAUGUGCUGUCUUGGUGGGAGGCAUUGACAUGAUGGCCCAGGCGAUUGCCCUGGGCAAGAGGCCGCACAUCAUCGUGGGCACCCCCGGCCGCGUGGUCGACCACCUCUCGAACACAAAGGGGUUCACGCUGAAGGCGCUGCGGCACCUGGUGCUGGACGAGGCGGACCGGCUGCUGAACAUGGACUUCGAGCAGGAGAUCGACCAGAUCCUCAAAGUCAUCCCUCGGGAGCGGCGCACGCAGCUCUUCUCGGCCACCAUGACCACCAAGGUGGCCAAGCUGCAGCGCGCAUGCCUGCAGAACCCAGUCAAGGUGGAGGUGGACGCCAAGUACCGCACCGUGGACACCCUGCGCCAGCAGUACCUCUUCAUCCCCGCCAAGCACAAGGACUGCUACCUGGCGUAUUUCCUGACGGAGCUGGCGGGUGCGACGUUCAUGGUGUUCACGCGGACGUGCGACAACACGCGCAAGCUGGCGCUGAUGCUGCGCAACCUGGGCUUUGACGCGCUGCCCAUCCACGGCCAGAUGAGCCAGCCCAAGCGCCUCGGCGCCCUCAACAAGUUCAAGGCCGGCGAGCGCUCCAUCCUCGCCGCCACAGACGUGGCGAGUAGAGGGCUGGACAUCCCGGCGGUGGAUGUGGUGGUGAAUUAUGACGUGCCCAUCAACUCCAAGGACUACGUGCACAGAGUGGGGCGGACUGCGCGCGCUGGCAGAUCCGGCCGCUCCCUCACACUCGUCACGCAGUAUGACGUGGAGCAGUUUCAGAAGAUUGAGGCAUUGACAGGGCAAAAGAUGGAGAAGUAUGAUGCUGAGGAGGAGGCGGCCUUGCUGCUGUUGGAACGUGUGACGGAAGCACAGAAAAUGGCAACCAUGCAGGUGACUUCUUGUCGCAGCCCAGGUCCUGUACUGCGAGGAGGAUGA